CCUAUAUUAAUAGCACUAAUUAAAGCACCUGUGCCCCAUAGAAGCAGCCUCAAAAUCUGGGACUGAAAGUAAGCUCUCGAGUUCAUUAGAAAGCAGGGUGAAGCGCCGCCUGCAGGACGAUGGAGGCCAUUCCCGGGGAGGACGGAGGGAAAGUUGUUGGAGUUGGAUUGGGGGGCGGAUUCCCGGCCAGGGAGGAGAAGAAGCAAACCGCUCAGACGCAGAGGAAACGGGAACUUCCGCAGCUACACAUUACACCCGAUCCUGAACUACUGGGGGAUGUUCUAAAGGAGCAUUAUAACUGUGUGCCUCUUAUGGCCUCCAUCAGUAAGAUGAAGAGAAUUCCAACUGGGCACUACCUAUGUUUUGAAAACUUUGAGGAAGUUCUAGAAAAGAGGCAGAUGGCCAACGCCAAGGAGAGAGAGCGGAUCCGAAAUAUCAACAGUGGGUUUUCCAAGCUGAAAACCAUUGUCCCACUGAUCCCCAAGGAUAGGAAACCAAGUAAAGUGGACACAUUGAAAGCAGCCACAGAAUACAUUCAAUUUCUUCAUGACCUCCUAGAGGAAACUGGAGGGUUCGAGAAAGUAGAAGAUAUUCCUGACCUAGAAUCUCCCGAUGGAUACCUGGGGCCAGUACCUUUCAGACCAAACUUUAUGGACACCUUAUCUGCCGACUACCACAUAAAGCGCCUUGGAAAUAUUCAAGGAGGAAUGCCGUUCAUGUUUAAGCGUGAAGAUCCGAUGGGUUUAUGGAGGGCAAAUGGCAUGUUACCUGGAUAUCUAGGCUUCAUGCAAUUUCACAAGGCUGGUAGACUGGCAUUUCAGAGCAGUCAUUAAGCCUCGUUGCUCUUUUGGUUCCAAUGAAGAUCAAUAUGAAAUGAAGAUUAUUUAAUUUGUUUAUAUAAUAUAUAUGUUGUAUAAUGUACACCUGCUAAAUAUGAAUAUUUUAAGAAACUCA